AUGCUUCCAUCGGCGAGCGAGUCCCUGCUUGGCGCGCCGGCGCUCGCACCCGGCGCUGCCGCCCCGGCCCUCACGCUCAAGGCCGUCACAGCCGGCGUCGUGGUCGGCACGCUCAAUGCCUUCCUCCUCCUUUACUACGGCCUCAAGACGGGCGUGUUUCCCGCGCUCAACCUCUCUGCCGGCCUCGGAAGUUACCUGCUGUGCCGCACCUCGGUCCGCCUGUUCGGAGGAACGUUCACCGAGCAGGAGAAUGCGGUGGCGCAGACCGCGGCGACGGCGACGGCGAGCCUGGCGGCCCUCGGCUUCAACUCUGGAUUGCUGGCCAUGUCCAUCAAAAGCUACGAGGUGACGGGCGGAGCCAGGCUGGAGGGGAAUGCGGUCGGGCCGGGCAACACUGCCGAGCUGACCUUCCCCACCUGCGUGAUGUGGUGUGUCGCGGUCGGCCUGUUCGGCUCCUUCGUCGCGUGGCCGCUGAAGGACUCGAUGAUUGUGCGUCAGCGCCUCACCUAUCCAAGCGGCACCUGCGCGGCCCUCAUCAUCCGCUCGCUGCACGAGACUAGUGGCGAGGCCGCCUCCAACGGCCGCACCUCGCUUCGGGCUUUUGGCCUCGCCUAUGCGCUGCAGAUGUACCUCUGGUGCUUCGAGGGAAUCCAAUCCUGGCCCGUCUUUGGCCUUUCCGCCGCCGAGUUUGGCUGGACAUUCGAUUGGGACGUGUCGCAGCCGGCGCUUGGGAUCAUGCUCGGCGGCCGUGUCAACUACAGCAUCCUCCUGGGCGCGGUACUGGCAUACGGCGUCUUCACGCCCUACCUGGUGCAGGUGCGCAGCGGGGACUGCGAGGCGUGGAUCGGCGGCAGCGACGAGGCCUGCCCCUACUGGUUUGACGACGAGGCGGCGCCGUCCGUCUACGUCGGCUCGUUCGGCUACAUCGUGUUCACUGGCCUCGGUAUCAUGCUCGCGGACGGCUGCUACUCCAUCUGCGAGUUAGUGCGCAUGCUAGCACACGAGGCAACCAGCAAGGCGACGCGCCCCGCCGGCCCCGAGCCCUCGGCCGCGACGAAGGCGCUCGACCGGCUCUUCCUUGAUGACCGCGCGCUGCCGGCCUGGACGUCGCCGAUGGGAUACCUGGCCUUUGGGGCGGGCUGCGUAGCCAUCAUGCAACUCGCCUUCCAAGUCCAGUGGUAUCAGACGGUGACCGCCAUCGCCAUCAUCCCCGUGUUUGCCGUCGCAAUCAUGCAGGCCGUCGGACUGGCCGACUGGAACAUGUGCGCUUCCUUCGGGAAGCUGCUCAUGUUCGCGUUCGGCGCGUGGAACCGGUCGUCGGGAGAGAUUAUACCCUCCCUCGCGCUCUGUAUGGUCACCAUCGGAGGGUGCGGCGCCGCCGCCGACCUCAUGUCCGACUUCAAGACGGGGUACAUGGUGGGUGCCAAGCCGUCGCAGAUGUUUUACGCGCAGCUCAUCGGCGCCUCCUUUGGCUGCGUGAUCGUGCCCGCCUGUUUCGCCGUCCUGAACGCGGCGUUCGAGAUCCCCUCGCUGGACGGCCCGCUCAAGGCCGUCUUUGCGCCCAUCUACCGCGUGCUCGCAGUCGUCACCACCACCGGCGGCGGAGAGCUUCCGCGGCACAUAUUUGCGUGGAUGUUUGCGGGCGCGGCGCUCGCGCUCGCCCUUAGCGUGGCCAACGCGCUGCUCGAGGCGCGCGGGUGGCGCGAGACGCACCCCGCCCUAACCAGCCUCGUGCCGCUGCCCAUGUGCGUGGGCAUCGGCAUGCUGAUCCCCGCGGCCUCAUCGAUGGAGAUGGCUCUCGGCGGACUGGUUGCCGCCUGGCUGGAGCGGCGCAGCCCCAGCCUGGCGAGCCGGAGACCGUUUGUGGCCGCGGGGCUCAUCGCGGGAGGCGGGCUGGCGGCGCUCACACAGGUGAUCAUCAAGCUCGCCGGAGGCACGCCCCCGAUGGUGGUGCACUUUGGAGCGUUCCAAAAGCCGAUGCCCGAGCCUGGCCACAAGGACGACACCGCGACGCGCGCGGUGGCCGACUUCCUGCGCAACGAGAAGGGCAGCGGCCUCCGCACCAAGGAGGCCGUGCAGUACGAAAAGCGCGUCGAGUACUUCAAGGGCGCCAAGCUCAUCGACGCCCUCGUCGGCCCAAAGUACACGGGCAAGGUUGCAAAGGAGUCUCCAGUCAAGUCUCGCGCCGAGGCGGCAAAGAUUGGCCAGACGCUGCUCAGCCAGGGGUACUUCCACCGCUCUCAGCGCGUGGCGCACGCGCAUUCGCGGCGGUGGGAGCUUGAGAUGACGAACGGCCCCUUCGAGGAGGACGGGCUGUACACGUGGGUGUACGAGGGCUCCAAGACGAAGCUCUACCUGCUGACGGGGCUGCUGCUGCUUGGCGCGCUGGGGAUGUGCAUGAUCCAGGCGGGCGUGCGGCCGCCUGUCACUCCCAUCCUCUUCGCUCUCCUCUUCCUCGCCAUCUGGCCCCUCUGGAUGAAGAUCGGGGUGUGGUGGUGCAGCGUGACCUUCCUCACCACCUUUGGCGUGCUCUGCGUCGUUCGGCUCGGCCUCUUCAUCCUGAUGUGGAUCGUCGGCUUCCGCGGCAUCUGGCUGUUUCCGAACCUGUUUGACGACAACCAGACAUUUGCGGGCAGCUUCAUGCCCAUCAUGGGCAAGGGCGACCCGAUCAUCAUCUACGAGGACAGCGACGAGGAGUACAACGAGUACAUGCGCAAAAAGUCGAAAAAGAAGGGCGACGACUCCAAGGGCGAGACACAGCCGAGAUAUAGCCGAGAUAAGCCGAGAUCAUGGGCAGACGACGACUCCAAGGGCGGAGGGCGGAGCGACAGCGAGCGCUUUUGGUUUGGGAUGGUGAACAUCUUCAUCAUCUUUGGGCUGGGCGGGCUCUGGUGUAUGUCGAUGGGCUUUUUCGACGGCGAGAACGUGCCCGAUUUCGUCGCCAAGCGCGACGACCUGCAGUACUACUUCAAGGGCUUAGCUGCGCCCGAGGUUGCAAACGAGACGGCCGACGGCGACGGCCGCGACCCCUUCGCGGCGCCAGAGGAGGACGGCAGGGGACGGUUCUGACGCUGUCCUCCCACGCGCCCUCGUCGCUUCUCUCUCCCCUCUCGCCACCUCACAGCUCUAGACCUCACGUCUCGCACUAGCCGCGGCCCUUUUUGCAGGCGCGCCUCGCCGCUCUUAUCUCCGCCAUAUCAUGCGCCCCUUUUGACCGGGGCCGCGGCGCCGCGCUCUAGCCGUUAGCCAUGUGUGGGAGCACACCGCGCCGGUGUUCGGUGGGAGGUUUGUGUACAAAGUCGAGUGUACCGUC